AUGGAGUGUGAAACUGUUAAGAAAGUCCCUCCAGCUCCCGAUGGUUUGGCCAAAUUUGAGGUUGAGUACAAUGAAAAUGAUCCCUUGUCCCCGGUGGCUGAUAACUGGAACUGGGGCUCUACUCAACCUUGUCCAAGAAAGGGAUUUUGUACUGGUGGAAGACGCACAUUACAGUUAUGUAAAGGCUCUUUGGAGUGUCCCAAUCUUUCAUGCUCGUUCAGGAAAAUUCACCGAGCAACAAAUAAAGCGGACUUCACCCGAAAGAAGACAUGCACGCACUGUAAAACGGUAGCGUUAAAACUUCAGUGUUCUGCGCGCAAGUAUAUUGAAAAUGACAGAUGUCACAAAACAAUGGUAGUCAUUUAUGUCGGUCGCCACACCUGUCAUCCCAUAGUGCGUGAGAAGAAACCCGACAAAGAACACAUUAAGAAUGUAUUGCGUGUUCGUCCAACCAUCACCCCGGGUCAACUUCAAAUUGAUGCGGUACGCGAGGCUCUUUUAAGUGAUAAGUCUGCAGAGGAGGUUAUCGACGUAGCUGUGCAGUAUAGCAACAAACGCCACAUCCAAUACCUUCGACAGAAAGUCCAACAAACUACAAGGCCUGGGGGGUCUGAUAUUGAAGCCGUUCGUGUCUUGAAAGAGGACUUUGCCAAAAGAGGGUUAGACGGCCAAUUGAUCCUUGAAGUGGGAGAAAACUACGUCAUCCUGUCCUCCCGCCAGAAAAUCCAACUAGCAGCCCUCAUAACUCUUGGCAUUGUGCAGGAACCUGUCAGCUUAGAUGGGUGUGAAAGUCAUGCCAAACACUUUUCCGAAUUGGAAAUGACAACAUACUUCCCCCUUUUAAGAAGAAAUGUUAAGCUCGUGAGCCUAUUUGCUCCCAAGCCAGGAGAGAAUUCAGACAACGUGGCUAAGAUGGUUGUAAAAUUUGAUGAGGCAGUGAACAAGGUUCUGCCUACGAUAGCAGAAGAACAUGGACUCAAUCCCGAGGAUGUCCUUGGUCGCGGCUUGGACCCCAAUGCUUAUGUUGGGGAUGAAGGCGGAGCACUAUGGAAAGGCUUGUGCAUGGCUAAAGGUGAUGAUGUAAAAAAUAAAACCAUUUCCGAUACGUUCCAUGUUAAACAAGACAUCCAUCGUCAUUUAAAAUAUUUUGCGGAAGCACGUGACAAGAAGAAAUUCAGCACGUUGAUGACCGAUGCAAUGGAUGCUCUUACAUCAGCCCAAGCCCAGGUAGCGGAAAAAGCUUUAGAUAAACUCAUCGCGGAAAAGGCAACAGAAAGGAAGAAAAUGGAAAACUUCAAGCAGUGGUGGUGGAGGCGGCGACUCAGGUGGCAGCGGUGGUGCAGGACAGAUUCAUCAAUUACUGCAUCGUCAGCAGAAAUCGCUAAUGCAAAAUCAAUUCGUGCAUCCGGUUAUCGUAAACAGCUUCUUGACGUAGUAACCACAGAGUGUUCGUCGGCAAUACUUGAGGCUGCCGAAAUUGAACGCCAGCAAAUUGGCCUUAAAACUGUGGGACGUGGCCCUUCUGUUGUCGAUCGUACAGAACAACAUCAAGAAUCUUUUAUUUGA